AUGGCGAAAGCAGUUGAAUAUCUGCUUGUUGUGCUGGCUUUAUCAUGCACUUCUGAAGCUAUAAUAAGGGUACCGAUAAUGAAACGAAAUGGAACGAAAGGAAUUAAAAGCAGCGAGUAUAAUACGAAACAAUUGGCGAAUUUUUUGAAAGUGAAAUAUGGAGUACUGGACGCAUUUUCGACAGGACAAUCAGCAGAACCUUUCAGCGAGCUGCUUGCCGAUUUAGGAAACGACCAAUACAUUGGGCCAAUCACUAUUGGAACACCACCACAGAAAUUCAUCGGCCAGUUGUCUUGGCACCCUCUGAUCUCGGAAACCUACUGGAUGAUUGGAAUGGAUGCUGUGUAUCUUGGAUCACAACAGCUGGCUGGACAGUACAAGGGUGUGCUCGACACAGGCACAUCGUUGAUGCUUGUACCCAACGAGCAGUUUUCUAUGGUAUAUUUCGGGUGUAAAGAUUGCUUAAAUUGA